UACUUUCUCCUAAACUCGGGUCAUCCUCCAAUACAUUAAAUGACGUUACAGUAGCUGCUGAUUUUAGGGGAAGCAAAACAACAACAACAUCAACAAUCACUCUCAUUUUUCAAAUUCGGAUUUUUUUUUUUCUUCUUCUCUGUUUCGAGUGAUCUCAGAAGAGUUUUCCGGCAGAUAAAACAUUUAGGGGGGCUUUUAAGUUUCUCUUCACUGCAAUGGCGAGAAGACAUGGCUGGCAACUCCCAGCCCACACAUUUCAGGUUGUCGCUAUAACUGUGUUCUUCUUGCUCACUAUCGCAUACUAUGCCUUCUUUGCUCCGUUUCUCGGGAAGAUACUCUAUCAGUACAUCGCCUUUGGUGUCUACUCAUUCUUGGCGUUUUCGGUUUUUGUGCUGUACAUCCGAUGCACUGGUAUAGACCCUGCGGAUCCUGGAAUCUUUGUAGACGCUGUUAACACUCCAGCUCAUAAGUCACAGACCAGUAACUACGCGCCUGAGAAUGGUGUGCCGUAUACUAGACACGGCUCAGGUUGCUGUAAUGCUGUGGGAAGAUUCAUCUGUGGUUGUUUAGUAUCACAAGAUUGCCGUAGAGACACCCAUCAGGAGGAACCAGGGGAGCAAGAAGAAGCUCUGUUCUGCUCUUUGUGCAAUGCUGAGGUGCGUAAGUUUAGCAAGCAUUGUCGAAGUUGUGGCAAGUGUGUUGAUGGUUUUGAUCAUCAUUGCCGGUGGUUGAAUAACUGUGUGGGGCAGAAGAACUACAUCAGCUUUGUGUGUCUUAUGGCAGCAAGCUUCUUCUGGCUUCUAGUUGAAUUUGGAGUUGGUGUUACUGUCUUUGUCCGAUGUUUUGUGGAGCAAAAGGCGAUGGAACAUCUCAUAACCGACAAGCUUGGACUUGGCUUCUCCCGUCCUCCAUUUGCUGCUAUUGUGAUUGUUUGUACAGCUCUCUCGUUUCUGGCUAUAGUACCACUUGGGGAGCUUUUCUUCUUCCACAUAAUUUUAAUCCGAAAGGGAAUCACAACAUAUGAAUAUGUUGUUGCUGUGAGAGCACAAAGCGAGCCGCCUGGACCGUCUAUAGAUGGGGGAGACGAGUAUAGCCAGCCACCUUCACCUGCAAGCUCAGCUGUGACAGCUGCUAGUGGAAGAAGCUCUCUCGGAUUGAGCAUUCAGUACCGUGGCGCCUCCUUGUGCACACCUCCAAACGUAUUCAUGGAUCAAAAUGAUGAUGUGAUCCAGCAUCUGGAGCAGCCUGGAACUGUACGUUCCACCAUAGAUCCAGACAAAAAGCCACCUCAGCGUCAACAAGUAAGGAUCAACCCGUGGAAGCUAGCGAAACUCGACUCAAACGAAGCGUCUAAAGCAGCUGCGAAAGCGCGUGCAUCCUCAUCAGUGCUUCUUCCAUUAGCUUCUCGACAACACCCUCACAAAACCAGCAGCAACGCAAGCGGGAGAAGCAGCCCCGCUCCAGCUUUGACGAGAGACCACUUCAACCCAAUGUACAUGUCAUCAUCAGCUAACGAGUCACCGUUAAACGAAGAAGAAAGAAGAAAUGUCAUUAUUGCUGCAGCAGCUAGGAGAAACAUGCCUACAAGCGAUGAGAGCUCAGUGGUUUGGGAUCCGGAAGCUGGCAGGUUUGUAUCUUCGUCUCUUCAGACUCCAGGAACAGAGCUGGCUACUUUUGGAGGAGGAGGCGGUAAUGAACGUCUCAACAGUGUAACUUCUUCUGGGAGUGAUGGUAGCAGAAGGGUCAGAGGAACUCCGUUAACUGGUUACUUCCAGCAAGUUAGAUCACAGAGAGGAGGGCAGCUUCCAGUGUUUAUGCCUAGUGAUUCUCAGCUGCAGAGACAUGUAUCUACUAGAUUCCAGUAG